CCGCAAGGAAAGGAGACACGAGUUCGAUAGAAAAGAUAUUGACCUCAAAACCAAAGAAAGAAGGAUUGCUUGCUUCUUUUGCAAGGCUGAGAAAUUAACAAGAAAACAAAUCCAAGAGAGGACAGUUCACAUAUUAAAGACUGAAAGUGCAGAAACAAAGGAUUAUCAAUUUGUAAAAUAUUUAAUAGACUGUUCCCACUGAUUGAACAACUUUAACAGUGACAUUCAAAAUGGCUGAAUCAGUUGGUGUUAAGAAGGUGUGUGAGCUUUGCCUUAAAGCAACCUCACAGUAUACAUGUCCAAGAUGUAACAUUAGAUAUUGUACAUCAGUAUGUUACAAAGGAGAAUCACAUGCAAAUUGCUCAGAGGCAUUCUAUAAGGAUUGUUUCAUGGAGGCUUUGAAAGAAAAAGAAGUUAAUGAAGAAGAUAAGAAGCAAAUGAUCGAAACUCUCAAAAAGUAUGAAGAUGACCCAUAUGAUUUAGAUUCAGAUGAAGAAGAGCUAAGUUUGGAAGAACGUAUGUCUGGCCUGGAUUUGGAUAAUGAUUCUGACGAAAUUUGGAGCGCGCUUACUGAUGUUGAAAAGAAGGAGUUUCAGGCAAUGCUUCAAGAUGGCCGUCUCGGACAUUUAGUUGAACUAUGGGAACCAUGGUGGACUAGUCAUAAUGCUGCAUUGGUUACUGAAGUAGGGAAGAAAAUACAACCACCUAAAGGCCAGCUUCAAAUCCUAACAAAAAUACCUGAGAUUGGAUUGUUGCUGAAGAAUCCACCAUCCGAGAAUAUCAAAUAUGGCGUCCUGAAUAUCCUCUAUGGCUACUGCUAUCUACUAAGGCUACAUAAUGGUGAACAGGCUGCUGAUUCUGCUAUUCAGUUUUGUCAAGAUCUGAAAGAAAUUUCCGACUGUCUCGGAGACAUGGUGUAUUCUUUAACAAGUGAAGCAUUGCAGAUUGCCAUUGAGAACAUAUCAGGCAAAGCCAAAAGUGUAUUUGUUUCUCAGGAGUUCUCUAUCAGUAUCAUAGAAGACGUGAAACAUGUGAUUAUUGGACCUGAUACCAGUUCUUCUAUAGAUUACGUACUUGCCGCUUUGUCAGAUAUUUACCGAAAUUUUGUCAGUGCCAGAAAAAUGGUUAAUAAUGAGCUGAAAAAUGUCACAAAACCAGAAGAACAAGCAGCCUUGAAGGAGAUGAAAAAAGGAUUUUUCAAAAUCGGUAAAGGAGUAGAGUUUAAACUAGCAUGGGCUAAAUCCUAUGGGGCAAUGAUGCAGUCACUUAUCCCAGAGUUGGAACUAGAACUAUGUUCUUUAACAUCAGAGUUUGCUACUCAAAGUAAAGUUAACAAAUACUUUGAAAAGAAAUUGAAAGCAAAACCCAAGAAACCAUUAAUUGAAGAACUCUAAUCAAUUCAAACCUGAACAUUUCUGAAGUGAACUAUUUCAAAUGUUUUAUUAGCAAUAUGACUAAAGUCAUUAAAAUCUCAAAUACUUUGACUCAUAAGAUGACUGGUUUCGUGAUUAUUUGCAUUCAAGAGUAGGACAUUAUUGCCUGGUUAGAAUAAGGAAGUAAACACACUAGACGUGAUAACAAAAAUUGCAAUAUUUUUGAUAUACUUUAUCUUAAUAGAAAUG